UCGCCAUUUUGCAGAGCGAAACCCAAAUCGGAAAGGCAGCGGUGUCAGUAACGGUGCUCAGUGUGGUGGCAGGUAACAGAAUUCACUACAAUGGGGAACGUUUUUGAAAAACUGUUUAAAAGUCUGUUUGGGAAAAAAGAGAUGCGGAUUCUUAUGGUAGGUUUGGAUGCAGCUGGAAAAACCACCAUCUUGUAUAAACUGAAGCUGGGAGAGAUUGUGACUACCAUCCCUACAAUAGGUUUCAAUGUGGAGACAGUAGAAUAUAAAAAUAUCAGCUUUACAGUCUGGGAUGUUGGUGGCCAAGACAAAAUCAGACCUUUGUGGCGACAUUAUUUCCAGAAUACCCAAGGUCUGAUUUUUGUGGUUGACAGUAAUGACAGAGAGCGGGUCAAUGAGGCCCGAGAAGAACUAACCAGAAUGUUAGCAGAAGAUGAGCUCAGAGAUGCAGUUUUAUUGGUGUUUGUAAAUAAACAGGAUCUUCCCAAUGCUAUGAAUGCAGCAGAGAUAACAGACAAGCUUGGCUUACAUUCCCUCCGCCAGAGAAACUGGUACAUUCAGGCUACUUGUGCCACCAGUGGAGAUGGACUUUACGAAGGCCUGGACUGGCUCUCCAACCAGCUCAAAAACCAGAAAUUGCUACUGAAAACUCCCAGGGUACUUGUACAAAAGACAACCACAAAGGUGCUGCCCGCCCUUACACCUGUAGCAUCAUUCCUCUCUGCUGUUCUUCAUAGCACCUUCAACUAGUCUUACUCUUUCUAUGAUUUUGGAACUGGUGAGCAGGGUAAGUGAGAGACACUUCAGUGUAGUGGCUUUGGACAAAGAUCUGGGCCCCUGAAAGCCAUGUUCACAUCCCAGCUGUGUCCCCCACUAGCUGCUGGCUCAGACCAUUUACUCUUAGCCUCCAUCUCUCUGAGCCUCAGUUUGCUUGACUCUUAAAUGGGGAAUAACAAUACCUACCUAGUAAGAUUCUGAGGACUACAUGUCUCAGACCUUUGUAUGCCUGGCUCUGGUGUUUCCCUGAGGACAUCUUGAAGUCCAAAGUGGCCAGUUCGCUGGCUGCAAACUGAUCAACAUUACUUACAGGAGAAGGGAAGUGGGGUGGGAUGGGGCUGUAUUUAUUCUCUGUCCUGCUGUGUUCACCUAAUCAGCUCAGUCCUUUUUUAGCCAUGGUUAGAAUGAGACCAGCUCAUAUGCUUAUUUUAAAAGCACAUUACUAUGUCCACUCUCUCCUCUUUUUUCUUCUUUUUUGCUUUUUUUUUGUUGAAAAUUCUGUGGUUUUUAGUAUAUUCACAGAGUUGUGUGACCACCAGUACUAAUUGUAGGCUCUUCAUCACUCCGUAAAGAAACCCUGGAUCCGUUAGCGUCACUCCCCAUUCCUGCCUUCCCCCAGCCGCUGACAUCCACUAGGCUCCUUUCUGUCCCCAUGGAUUUGCCUAUUCUGGGCGGGUAAGCUGGUGGGUGCUUUAGAACUGCUGGGGUGCCAAGGGCCUGACCUGAUGGCAGCAGCUGUCCUGAGGCAUCAGUCUGAGUUAGGAGCCCCAGGAAAGAGCCAUAGUUAGGUGACCAUGGGAUUUAUUAUCUGCAGAGGCAACAGGAUAAUAAUUACGUAGGGAUGCCAGGUGAAAAUUGCGAUGUCAUCCUGUGUCAGAAUGGCAAGAGCUCUGAAUCUGGAAUCAGGCUGAGGCUAAACUUAGAGCUCUACCCAUUCACUAGCUGAAUUGAGCUGGACUACUCAGCCCUGACCCUUGAUUUUCUCCCCUGGAAAUGGAAGGUCCCAGGCAUACCCGGGGUGCAGCUUUCUGAAUGCUAAGAGUUUGGGGUGAUGUGGGGGCUCCAUGGGUCAAAGCUGUAUAUUGUGGAUCAUGUCAUUUGAACUGUUUUAAGUAACGCCUUAACAGGGCUGAGUAUUUGCCUGUGUGUUUCGCAGGACAGGAGGGUUUCCCUCCUGUGGAAGGUUCAAGUAGAAUGAAAUAUGACACCUGGGUCCUUUGUCCAUAGGUAUGUGGCAGAGGUUGUCAGACAGUAUGCAGAGAAUCUGAUGAUACAUGCUGUGGCAAUGCUUUUUUUCCCUUUAAAAUUUUUGAAAUUUUCCACCUUUUUCAGUAGGAGCUUUGUUGAGAACAAUUCACAUUCCAUUCAGUUCAUCCUGAAGUGUACAUGAGUGGUGUUAGUGUACUCAUGGAAUUGUGCAGUCGUCACAGCAGCCAGUUCCGGAACAUUUUCAUUGCCCUGACAAGAAACCCUGUACCUUUAGCAGCCACUCCCCAUUUCUCAUACCCCCCACCCCCCACCGGUCCUAGGCAACUGCUAAGCACUGACCCUUUCUGUCUCUGUAGAUUUGGGGAGGUGCUUUUUAAACUUUGCCUUUUCACCACUGCUGGUCUCUGAGGCGCACCACACUAAGAAUGUCUCUCCUAUUUUGACUUACUCUUCUCAUCCUCUUUUACGCUAAUGCAUGGUGUGGGAAGGGCUCUAGGACGAUGCUGUGGCAAGCAUUGGAUGGAGCCGGAACCAGAAGGCCUCCCGGGUCCAGCCAGUAAGCAGUUGCUGCUGUGUUUCCCCACUAGGUGGUGCUGAUGCUCCAUCCUGUUGACCCACAGGCAGCCCUGGCUGCGGUGGGCCAUGGGGAUUAAUAGAAUCCAUUUUCUUAUCUGGACACCAAACGUGACCAAGAAAACAGCGACAAUGCCAUAGAUAUGCCUGGAAGAGAAAGGCAAAAUAGGCACCCAGAGCAGAGGACUUUGCCAAUAAUAAAAGCAGCCGCAGGAUUCGCAGCAGUAAUUUUCAUGUUAAAGCAGUAAUCACUACUAUUUAUUGAGCAUACUGGAUACCAUCUAUGCACUUUAUAUACAUCAUCUCUAUAAUCUUCACACCCAGCAAGCAUGUGCAAUAUAUAUGCUUUACAAAGGGGGAAACCAAGGUUCAGAAGAUAAAGUGAUUUGCUGAAGGCCAUGUGGUCAUGAUUCAAUUGCGGGUCUGGGCACCAGAGCCCAUAUCCUUUCAGUUUACACUGCAGCUAAUACAUGGACAUUGGCUUCCAGAGCUUGGCAGACAUGGAGGGAAGGAAGCAAAAGUGCCCAGUGGUGACAUCUAGGGAGGGUCCAGAGCCCAGGGAUACGGAGCAGCAUGCAAAGAACCAUGCCAGCUGACAUGCGAGGGGGGAUGAGUGGGGAACGAGCAGUGGCCGGAGCGGGAGGAGCCAGGACACAGGCCAGUGGGGAUCGUAGCCAAGGGAGACUUGGACCUACUCUGGAUGCUAAUAAUGUUCUUUGGGAAGCAAAAACUAAUCACUAUUGUAAUGGCUACUCAACUGUAUAAAUUUACUAAGAACCAGAAAAUUGUUUGCUUAUAAUGGGUGAAUUGUAUGGUACAUAAAUGAUACCUAACAAAACUGUGUGGAAUUUAUAAUCACGAAACCAAUCCCAAUAGGGGUGCAGAAUCAGUAGGUCUCAGCAGUGCUGUAGGCAUUUUGAGAAGAGAGAGAGGGAGAGAAGCAUUUCAGAGUAGAAAGCCUGACCAAUGUCUGUCCAGCCUCUGCUUGAAUGUUUCCAGUGCCAGGGAGCUCAGUAUCUCAUAAAGCAGCCCAUCCCAGUUUGCAAUAACUCUAGUCCUUAGAAAGUUGGAAUCUGUCAUUUGUCCUUAUUCUAUGCCGAAUAAACCUCUUUGCUUUACUAUGUAACAUUUCUUUGAGCACUUGAGAUCAGUCAUUGUGUUUCCCUAAAAUCAUUUUUAUCCCCUACAGACCCCCAAGGCUUUUCAUAUGAUAAGGUUUCCAGUCUCUUCCAUUCUGGUAUCUCUCUGCCACACUUGCUUUGAUCUGUCAGCAUCCUUCUUAAAAUGUGAGGGGCCAGUGGUGGGCCCCAUAUUCUGUAGAUGCCAGCCCAGUGCUGUGGUGGUUUGCGUCCUAGAGUUAAUGUUCUCUGGGUCAAAUUCUCACUCCACUACAGGCCAGCUGUGUGUCAAUGUUAAAAAAUACCAACCUCUCUGAGCCUUGCAUUUUAAAUCAAGCCCUUAUUUCUUCAUCUUGCCCAUCAGGAAACCUGAAAGAUUCUCAUGUGCUUCACUAAAAUUAAGUAUAGAAUAUGCACAGCAGUGCUUCUGUGUGCCUAUCAACAAUGGAAAUGAGGUUAAUUGACCAGUAGUUACCCUUAGGGAGUCACACUGGUCCACUAGAAACACCACCAUCUUUUAUAAGAGCCCAAAACCUAGCUGUCUACAGAUCUGCAUCAUCAGACAUACCAAUCUGUAAUUUCUGUAAUCCACUUUGUCACAUUUGGGUACCAUUUCUCCACCUCCAGUUUCCCCCCCACUCCUCUCAGCUUCCUGAUUUCUCAGCAUUUACCAGUAGGGGUUCUGAAAUCACGCUAGAAGGUUCUGGAUAUAUGUAGUUGGAAUCAGGAGAGGACUCAUGUAAAGCAGCAGGGCCCUCCUUGAGCGCUGCAGCAUCUGUCUUGGGUCCCAGUUACCCCAUAAUCAUGUUUGUUAACCUUUCCAGGUUGAAGAUUAUUCUCUUUAACAAAGGAAAUGGAAGAAAAUUGGGAGAAAGGAGGCUUUAACUUUUUCCAGUCUUUUGUUAACGUCAUGUCAUGUGCCUUGAGUAUCUCUGUUAUUCUGGCUCUGAAAAGUUUAGCUUUUAAAGACUUCUUUUGUUACAUUUUAUUAUAAGCCCUUGCCAUUCUGGGACUCAAUAAUAGUAACAUUAAUAUCACCUUAUAUUUAUUGUAUACUUACCAUGUUCUAGGCACUGUGUUAAAUGCCUUACACAUACUCAUCUCAUUAGUAAACAUUUAUGAAAACAUCCAUUCUUAUAGUU